AUGCCUGAAGGAAAUAUGAUAGCCUAUAACAUCGUUGGAGGGACAGCUGGCGAAAUGGAGUAUCCUUUGGGCUUCCUGGAAAGAUGUCGUAAGAUAUUCCGACAUUUUGAGAUCUACUGCUCGGCCACCUGUUCCGUAGCUGGCAUACUUUUCACCAUGUUUGUUUUCAAUGAAAAUCUGCGUAGCAAAAAGAUUUUCAGCCGAGCAGUGGCUUUUCUGAUAGUGGAACUGCUUGUAUUUUCGAUGUUCGUGCUAAUUGCUCGAACUUGGAUCCCAGAUCAGAUGGCCUUCUACUUUUUCUGCGUACUCCUAAUGGUUGUAGCUCUGAUCGUUGGCUGUCAUCUUUCCUUUACGAUGGAUAUGACGCAGUACAUAGCUCCGCUUUUUCUCAUGAGCUUUAUACUUGUCACAAUCUCGAUUUAUUUUCUGGUGGUAAAUAACUUUAUGGAAAAGCUAAAGCCCUAUGCCUAUCUGAUCUUCGAGAUUUGUCUUACCAGUGUGAUGACAUUGUGUUCGAAGAGUGUCAUGCUGCAUGCGCAAACAAUUAGUGGAGAUCGGAUGGUCCAGAUGAGCUCGGAUGAUUCUCUAUUGGCCGCCUUGUUCCUUUUCAACGAGUUUCUGGCCGUGUACGCCAUGACUUUCUACUGGCAGAUCAACUAUAACUAUUUCACGUCCACUGAUUUCUUAUGGAUGUCGACAAGUACCAAGCAUUCACAUGACACAACCCCCAUAUGA